CGCCAUAUUGAAAGAUUGUAGCUCUUGAAAAGCGGCCGACCGAGGUGUAAAAUCCGUGUUGUUCGCGAAAAGUGUGCAAAUUGUGCCGGUAAACUAGUAUCGGUCGCGGUCGAAACCAGUGUGAAAAGUGAGCGCAAGUUCCGGUGCACCGAGUGGACCCGAAAUUAGGCCGGAAACCAUGGCUUCGGACGAGGAAAUUGACGAAUCUAUUGCCGAGGAGGAAGCCGGCGUGGAUGAGACGGGUGACACCUCUCUGGCUGCGGAGGAAAACUCCGAAGACGAAACGCUCAAAAGUCUAGCCCAGGCCCAGGACGAUGACGACGACUAUGAGCCGGAGGACAACCGCAGUAAAAAGAGCAAGAAGGGCAAAAAGCGGAAGGCCCGCAGUGAGGAGAAGAGAGGCCGCAAGAAGAAGAAGCGAAAGAAGAACGACAGUGGCGACGAAAGCGACGUCCGGCAGAGCGACGAUGGAGGAGCUGCGGCAGACUCCGACUACGAAAGACCGAAACGUAGUUCGCGCGACAAGAAGAAGGGCAAGGAAGAGAAAAAGGAGGAGAAAAAGGGUGGUGCCGAUUACAACAUGCCGUCGAUUGAGGAAGUUUGCAGUACGUUCGAUCUGAUCGAUGUCAAAAUCGAGUACACCGACGAAGACUACGAUAACUUGGUCACGUACAAGAACUUCCACCAACACGUUCGGCCCAUCCUACAGAAGGAGAACCCCAAGGUUCCAAUGUCCAAGCUCAUGAUGUUGGUGGCGGCCAAGUGGAGGGAGUUCACCGAAGAGAAUCCCAAUCUACAGAACGAAGAAGCCGAAGAACGGGAGGAAGAAGAGCCACCGCCAUCGCCAGAGUACGUUCCCAAAUCGAGUCGUUCCAGAACAAAAACCGAGAAGCGAGACGAUGAUAUGAUCUAUGACGACGACGAUGACGAUGAGGAGGAACUGGAACGUGAACGGAGUAAGAAGAAGAGCAAAAGUAGAUCUUCGAGCGCCAAGAAGGGCAAGAAACCGAAGGUACCGACACUGAAGAUCAAGUUCGGCCGCAAGAAGAACGCUAGCUCCGACGAGGAUCAGGAUGGCAGCAAUGGAUCCGAACGGGACUCGGACGCCGAAUUCGAGAAGAUGUUGCAACAGUCGGAGGAUAAAGCCGACAAAGAAAAGGAAAAGGCCGAUGCGGAAGCUGCUGCGGCUGCAGAAAACGGUGAACCGCCGAUCCGCAAGAAGGCAAAGACCAAGAUCGGCAACAAAUCAAAGAAGAAGGGCCGUUCCAAGAAGAGUCGCCCUGAAGGUGAAGACGGAGAGUUCGAGCAUCAGGAUUAUUGCGAGGUCUGUCAGCAGGGAGGAGAAAUCAUCCUGUGCGACACAUGCCCCAAGGCGUACCAUUUGGUGUGUUUGGAUCCCGAGCUGGAAGACACUCCGGAAGGCAAAUGGUCUUGCCCGACUUGCGAGGCCGAAGGUCCUGCCGACGAAGAUGACGACGAGCAUCAGGAGUUCUGUCGAGUCUGCAAGGAUGGCGGUGAGAUGCUUUGCUGUGACAGUUGUCCAUCGGCUUAUCACACGUGGUGUUUGACGCCACCUCUCGACGACAUUCCCGACGGUGAUUGGCGUUGUCCUCGGUGUAGUUGUCCGCCCAUUCCAUACAAGGUGGCCAAGAUCCUUACCUGGCGAUGGACCGAUAAACCAAUCGAUCCGAACGAACCGUCAACGUCAAAGGCAACUCCCACUCGUCGCAGGGAGUAUUUUGUCAAAUUCGCAGACAUGUCCUUCUGGCACUGUGAUUGGAUUACGGAACUGCAGUUGGAUGUGUACCACCCGUUGAUGUAUCGCUUCUACAUUCGUAAAUACGACAUGGAAGAGCCUCCCAAGCUCGAGGAAAUGUUGGACGAAGAGGAUGGUCGCUACAAGCGUCUUCUGAAGAUUCGCGAAGGUGACCAAGACGAAUCGGAGCUGGAGGAGAAGUACUACAAGUACGGUGUCAAGCCGGAAUGGCUGAUGGUUCACCGGGUCAUCAAUCACCGAACGAUGCGAGAUGGUCGAACUUUGUACUUUGUCAAAUGGCGUGAUCUGCCGUACGAUCAGUGCACCUGGGAGGAGGACGAUGAUGAAAUUCCUGGGCUGAAGAAUGCGGUCGAGUACUAUCUGGAUCUGCGAGCAAACUGCAACAACGAAAUGGGCAACAGCAGCAGUAGCAAGAAGAACAAAAAGAAGGGUCGCAAAUCCAGAGCCAAGGAGCUCGAGGAUGACGAUCGAAUUUCCAAACGAUACACGCCUCCGCCAGACAAGCCAACCACAGAUCUGAAGCGUAAGUUCGAAGUGCAGCCUUCCUAUCUGGAUGACACCGGAAUGAGACUGCAUCCUUAUCAGCUGGAAGGUAUCAACUGGUUACGUUACUCAUGGGCCAAUGAUACCGACACCAUUCUGGCCGAUGAAAUGGGUCUCGGAAAAACCAUCCAAACUGCAACUUUCCUGUAUUCGUUGUACAAGGAAGGACACUGUCGCGGACCUUUCCUGGUGGCGGUACCCCUCUCCACGAUCAUCAAUUGGGAGCGUGAGUUCGAAACGUGGGCUCCGGAUCUAUACUGUAUCACGUACGUCGGUGACAAGGAUUCCCGUGCAAUCAUCCGUGAGCAUGAACUGUCCUUCGAGGAGGGUGCCGUUCGCGGUGGGCGAGCCUCCAAGAUCCGUGCCAGCACGCUCAAAUUCAACGUCCUGCUGACGAGCUACGAAAUGGUAUCGUUUGACGCCGCUUGUCUCGGAUCGAUCGAAUGGGCCGCCCUCGUGGUGGACGAAGCUCAUCGUCUGAAAUCCAACCAGAGCAAGUUCUUCAAAACGUUGUCCAACUACAGCAUCAACUACAAGCUGCUGUUGACUGGUACGCCGCUGCAGAACAACCUGGAGGAGUUGUUCCACUUGCUGAACUUCUUGAACAAGAACAAGUUCAACGAUUUGACGACGUUCCAGGCCGAGUUUGCCGACAUCAACAAGGAGGACCAGGUCAAAAAACUGCACGAGAUGUUGGGACCGCACAUGCUGCGUCGUCUCAAGGCCGAUGUGCUGAAAAACAUGCCCACCAAGUCCGAAUUCAUUGUCCGUGUCGAGCUGUCUCAAAUGCAAAAGAAGUACUACAAGUACAUCCUGACCCGUAACUUCGAGGCUCUGAAUCCGAGGGGAGGUGGUGGCGCCUGUUCCCUAAUCAACAUCAUGAUGGACCUGAAGAAGUGCUGUAACCAUCCGUAUCUGUUCCAAGCGGCUGUCGAGGAGGCACCGUUGGGUCCCGGCGGAAGCUACGAAAUCCAAUCGCUGACCAAAGCGGCCGGUAAGCUGGUCUUGCUGGAAAAGAUGCUCAAGCAAUUGAAGGAGCAAGGACAUCGUGUGUUGAUCUUCUCGCAGAUGACAAAGAUGUUGGACAUUUUGGAGGACUUCCUGGAAGGUUUCGGCUACAAGUACGAGCGUAUCGAUGGUGGUAUCACCGGAACGCUUAGGCAGGAAGCCAUCGAUAGAUUCAAUGCUCCUGGAGCGCAACAGUUCUGUUUCCUUCUCUCUACCAAGGCCGGAGGUUUGGGUAUUAAUUUGGCUACCGCUGAUACCGUCAUCAUCUACGAUUCGGAUUGGAAUCCUCACAACGAUAUCCAGGCCUUCUCUCGUGCCCAUCGUAUCGGUCAGGCCAAUAAGGUCAUGAUCUAUCGGUUCGUAACGAGGAAUUCCGUGGAAGAGCGAGUCACACAGGUGGCUAAGCGAAAAAUGAUGUUGACCCAUUUGGUGGUGCGACCUGGAAUGGGAGGUAAGGGAGCCAAUUUCACCAAACAGGAAUUGGACGACAUUCUGCGAUUCGGUACGGAAGAGCUGUUCAAAGAGGACGGAAAAGACGAAGAAGCUAUCCAUUACGAUGACAAAGCCGUUGCCGAGUUGCUGGAUCGUUCCAACAAGGGUGUGGAAGAAAAGGAAAACUGGGCCAACGAGUAUCUGUCAUCGUUCAAGGUGGCCUCCUAUUCGACAAAGGAAGACGUCGAAGAGGAAGUCGACACCGAAAUCAUCAAGCAAGAUGCGGAAAAUUCGGAUCCUGCUUAUUGGGUGAAACUGUUGCGACACCAUUACGAACAACAUCAAGAAGAUCUAUCGCGAACCCUUGGCAAGGGAAAACGUGUUCGCAAGCAGGUCAACUACACGGAUGGUGGAGUGGUCCAAGCCGAUCCGGUCAAGGAGGAUUCCACUUGGCAAGAAAAUGUCUCCGACUACAACUCGGAUUACUCUGGCAACUCAGAUGAUCAGGGCGAUGAGGAUGACGAGGAUGGAGAUCUGAAUCGUCGCAGCAAGAGGAGAAUUGAGAGAAAUCAAUCCGAAAGGGAUAAUCGUCCGCUUCCGCCGCUGCUGGCUCGAGUUGGUGGUAACAUUGAAGUCCUCGGCUUCAACGCUCGCCAGAGAAAGAGUUUCUUGAAUGCGAUUAUGCGUUACGGAAUGCCUCCUCAGGACGCCUUCAACUCUCAGUGGUUGGUCCGUGAUUUGCGUGGCAAAUCAGAACGUAAUUUCAAAGCAUACGUAUCACUGUUCAUGCGGCAUCUCUGCGAACCGGGAGCAGACAAUGCGGAAACCUUUGCUGACGGCGUACCCCGGGAAGGUUUAAGCCGACAGCAUGUUCUAACCCGAAUCGGCGUCAUGUCUUUGAUCCGCAAGAAGGUUCAAGAGUUUGAACACAUCAAUGGAUACUACAGCAUGCCAGAGUUGAUCAAGAGGCCGUGCGAACCAAUUAAGUCCUCGCCAGGAGAUGCUAGCGAAACCCCGAAAUCAGCUACGACCAGUACGAGUGCCACUCCGGCGACCAGCGCGGCUCCCAGUCCUGCUCCGACCGCUGUAGAUAAGGAGGAUGAUACCAGCACUUCCGCCGAAGAUAAGAUCAAAAAGGACACGCCCGAAGAAAAGAAGGAGGACGAAAAGAAAGAAGGAUCGGAAGAGAAACCAGAAGAGGACAAAAAAGAAGAGAAGACUGAAGAAAAGUCCGAAUCUGGAGAGGCAAAACCUGAGGAGGAGGUGAAAAAGGACGGCGAAGCUUCGGAGGAAAAGAAAACCGAAGAUGCCGAAGUGAAAUCGGAAGAUUCGAAAGAGUCAGUCAAGACCGAAAAACCGAAGGAAGAAGAUAGUAAGAGCUCAACUCCCGCCCCGACGGAGGCCAAGAAGGAAGAAGAUGACGACGAUGACGUGAAGAUAACGUCGGACAAGAAGGAAGAGGACAAACCGAUUCCAAUUGAUGACGAUGACGACGAUGUGGUCAUUGUUAAGGACGACGAUGAAGACGUCAAGAAGCCUGCCGCCAAGCCAGAACCAAUUGAAGUCCAUAAACGACAGUUUAUGUUCAACAUCGCCGAUGGAGGAUUUACGGAACUGCACACUCUUUGGAUCAACGAAGAGAAAGCGGCAGUUCCCGGACGGGAAUAUGAAAUCUGGCAUCGUCGUCACGAUUACUGGCUGCUGGCCGGUAUCGUCACCCAUGGUUACGGUCGCUGGCAAGACAUCCAGAACGAUAUCCGGUUCGCGAUCAUCAACGAACCUUUCAAAAUGGACGUUGGUAAGGGUAACUUCCUGGAAAUCAAGAACAAAUUCUUGGCCCGACGCUUUAAGCUGCUGGAGCAGUCCCUCGUCAUCGAGGAACAGCUUCGACGGGCCGCGGUGCUGAAUCUGUCCCAGGAUGCCAGCCACCCGGCUAUGGCCCUGAACGCACGCUUCGCCGAAGUCGAAUGCCUUGCUGAGUCGCAUCAGCAUUUGAGCAAGGAAUCUCUGGCCGGCAACAAACCGGCCAAUGCCGUCCUGCACAAGGUUCUGAACCAACUGGAGGAACUCCUGUCCGACAUGAAGAGCGAUGUUUCGCGCCUACCGGCCACUCUGGCCCGCAUUCCACCCGUUGCUCAACGGCUACAGAUGUCCGAACGGUCGAUUCUGUCCCGCCUGGCGGCCACCGGAAACACCGUACAGCCAAAUCCACCUCUGGCACAGUUCCCAGCCGGUUUCCAAGGAACCACUUUGCCGGGCUUUGCGGCGGCAGCCGCUGCCGCGGCGAACUUUGCCAACUUCCGGCCGACGUUCUCGGUGCCGGGACAACCAACGCCGAGCUACCCCAGCGGUUCCGGAUCGUCCAAGUAAUUGGAUAAAAACACGUCUAUUCUUGACUUACGAUUUUAGUUGUAUAAUUACUAUGAUUAUGUAUGUGUAUUACGCUAUUGUAGGUUUAAAUUUUCCUUCGUCUCCCUUCUCCUAUUUUCCUAAUUCGUGUUCCUCUUUCGUGCUCUAUCCGUAAACAUUAGAAUCAAAAAGUGAAAUUUUUCUGUAAAGGAUUUUAUUUAUACCUGAACAAACACAAACAGCAGAAAGCCUACUCAAAGCUGAAGAAAAGAGCAAAAAGUAAUAAACAAUUAUGGAAGCAAACCAUGUUUCGCCGUAAGAUACCUAAUUUUGAGUGAUAGCACUUUUAGAAUUAUCGGAUAAAACGUACAUUUGAAAAAUUGAACGGUUCCAAUUUGAAACUCAUUUGAAGAGCAAAUGAAUAAACACAUCUCUAGAUGGUAUGAUGUAAUA